ACUACAGAAAGCGAACAUCAACAAAACAAAAAGCUUUCCGAGUAAAGGCGCAUAUAAUAACGUUAACAUCUUCGUUGAAUAACUACAUCCGUCGCAUUAUUUUGACGUUUUAGCGUGGCUGAGUGGGACGAUGGCUUUAACAGCGGCUUGGAUGCAUGGCCCCUCCAAUAUGCGACUAACGGAGGGUCUGGUGUCUGUUCUGAAAGAGCAGCGGCCCGAAUAUUUACCUGCACUUUUAGCGAAUUACCGGGAGCACGGCGUGUUCUCGACACAGAGUACUGGAGCUGUCGGUGGACUCGUGGGACUCAGCAACGCCAAACUCGGCAACAGCAAAACCAAGUUCGAGGGGCUGUGUCUUCUCUCAGUGCUGGUCAAAGACAGUUCUAGUGAUGUGUUCCAACAACACUCUCUCUCAUGGCUACGGUCCCUACAACAGGUCAUACAGUCCCAGGAUCCUCUCCCGUCCGUCCAGCUAGCGGUGGGUGUCCUCCAGGACCUGCUCCAGUAUUCCUCCCAGUUACCUGAGCUGGCCAGGGAGGUGGGCCUCAACUCUGUCCUGGGGAUCCUCACAUCCCUGCUAGUCCUCAGGUCUGAGGUAGCAUGUGAGUGUUAUGGUCGUCUGACCCGUUUGGGCGGAGUGGUGGAGAGAGGGGGCGGCGGGUGCAGAGCCGAGGGAUGGACCAAUCAGCUUCACUGCCUGCUGGCCUCGGCCAAUGCCAUACUGGCAAAACUCUACCAGGGCUCUGAAUCAGAAGGGACAACCCCCUCCUCCUGCUGCAGUUACAACACAGAUACAGAGCUGCCUGCCUGGCUCUCAAACAUACACUCAGUGCGUCUACCUGUACAGCAGGUGCUCAACCUGGUCUGUCGUGCCCUGGCAGUCAGCUCCAAGAGCAUAAAUGUAACAGGUGAUGGGUGUGUGAGGCUGCUGGUGUUGCCUGCCAUUCACAAAGAUACUCUACAGGUGCUGCACGCUCUCAUCACAGCUUUAGGCAGUGGGUUGGUGCAGUACUCCAGUGUGCUACAGAGACUGUUCUCUCAGACCCUGUCUGCCUGGACCCCUCUACCUGAAACCAGCCUGGGACAACAGAGAGCAUUCAGUGCAGUGCGUGUGUCCUUGUACCGUACCUUAGAACUCUGGGUAAGAGUGGGAGGAGCCUCAGCCAGUGUCUUUCAGGGAAGCCCCACCCACUCCGAGCUCCUACUGGCCCACCUGCUGGGUGACAUCACACCAGGGGCGGACUCUGUUAGGCCCUCUAACUCUCCUCAGCUCCGUGAUCUGGUUUCCAGCAAGCCCUGCCCGAAAAGCCGGAAGCCCGGAUUGGCUGUGAGUGGCGGGGGCGGAGCCUCUUUCCAGAGGAAAGGAGACUCGCUGGCCAAUCAGGACACCUGCCUGUCUGCACUCAGAGCAUUGAGACAGGUCAUACUAACCAGUGGAUCUCUACUGAAGGAAGAUAUACACAUUUACAUUUUAGUCAUUUAGCAGACGCUCUUAUCCAGAGCGACUUACAGUAGUGAAUGCAUACAUUUCAUACAAUUUCAUACAUUUUUUUUUGCU